AUGAGGCCGCCCGUUCCAGACCUCGCGUUACCACAGUCCCGCAAGUCUUCCUCGCCCGACCAGCGGUGGAUCGAUCCCCGCAGCGCUGCCCCCGCGACGUUCUUUCUAGCCCGCGAAACUCCACCCGAUGAGUUGGAGUCGGGAGAUAGCAUGUAUGGCGUCCAGAGUCUCGAAGAGACCGUCCAGCAGACCAGCCUAGUCGCUUCUCAGUGGGAGCCUGAGCACGCUCAAAGCAUUUCCGAUCCUUUGUCUCCCCUACCGUCUCAUCCUGCUCGUCGCAAAUCCACCGUUACCCCCUUCGACUCGUUCCACCUCACCAGCCGAGAACCGUCCCUGCCCUCCUCUCACCCGACCUCCCCUCGCCCAUUGACGCCUCUGAACCUCGACACUCCCGAUGACCCGGUCUCUCUUCCCAGCAGUCCCAAGUCAAUCUCCAACCAAUCCAUGCGACAUCUGGACGAAAUCUCCAUCACCGAUGAUCUGAGUAGCCAGGCAAUUGCUUCCGGGGAGGAGGACGAUGACCCCCGCCCGCCGUCCGGCGUGGGUCCCGACAGUACCUCCCAGCUAAUAAUGCCCAGUAUCAGGAUGCCUAGCCGGAGACCGUUUACCGACCACGGGAAGACUAUGGGACGCCUAAAGGUGCUCAUAGCGGGCCCUCCUGAUUCCGGAAAGACCUCCCUCGUCAAGGCUAUUGUCCAAACAUGCGAGGAUAUUGUUCACGUGGAUCCCUUUCCCUCCCCCACCCCUCCCUCGAAACCCUCUAGAUCCAACGUUCCCCAUGGCCUGCCACCGGCCGUUUCGGAAAUAUAUGCCAGUACAAAACCGUACCCCGUUUGGUGGUCGGACCUGGAAGACUCGCGUGUUCUGCGACGGCGAAAGAGUACCGGUGACCUUGUGCUGGAGCGUAAUAUCUGCUUUGUCGACACAUCGGCCAAUUCCUCGACCCGUGCAGGACAGACCGAUGCUAUUAUUCACUACAUGCAUCAACAGCUUGUCCGGGCGAUAGCGUCGCUUCACCGUCCUAACCACGAUUUCCAAAACAUGCUAGCAGGCAAUGGCGGUGCCCAGGUGGAUGCCAUCCUGUUUCUCAUCUCUGAGGAAACACUUUCCGUAGAUAUUGAUUGCAUGCGCAAGCUCAGCGAAUGGACGAAUGUCAUUCCCGUAAUCCCCAAAUCUGACCUCCUAGGUCCUGACCAGCUUCGCGCCCUCAAAUCCGCUUUUCACAGUAAGGCGCAGGACGCCGGCGUUAAACCCUUUCUUUUCGGAGAUGGAUUCUCAGGGGAUACUGAUGAAGUGAAUGGUCGUCUGCCCUUUGCUACCUCGUCCGCCAAGUCUUGUGAUGAUGACAUGAUGGAUGCCAGCACCUUGAUGAGCCCGGACUAUGUCCAGCCCUUGGUCGCGUCGGAAUUGGCUCUCUUGACCCGAAAAUUGUUCGACCGCGAGAACAUGGCCUGGAUCCGGCAUCUGGCUGCCAAAAAGCUUACUCAACGGCAAAGUACGGUUCAGAAUGGCCCGAUGCCUUCCAUUCCCGGCGCUGGCAGUCGUGUCAUCCCCAGUUAUACUAUGGCCCGACUUUCAGACUGUACCCGCCACGAGGAGAAACUGGCUCAGGUUCAGCUGGCGCGCUGGGCCUCGGACCUACAGCAAAGCCUCCAGAACGAACGAGAACGAUACACCGCCAUAGCGCGCGGAGAACGUGCCGUCUGGCUGACAGAACGACUGGGCGAGUGCGUGGUGGACGGGACCCUCGUGCCCAUCACGCAAACCCCGGGGUUUUGUGGCCUUCGGGCCCCUACGGAAAAAGCGGGCGCUCUCCUCGUUCGGACACAAUCCGGGCAGAACGUCGAGUAUCAUCUCACACGAAUCAGUCCCCAGGAUCCACUUGGUCUCGUCAAGUGGUCCGAGAGCCUCAAACAGCGGGGGUGGGCCCUCGUUCAGAUCGUGGGCAGCUUUGGGGUCGUAGGAGGGCUGGCCCUCUGGCUUGCGAAGUCCUGGGGAUUGCCGUCUCGAAAUCUGUCGGACUGGUGCAGUCCCAUUGACUAG